AUGCCCGAAGACUGUGAACCGGGCCCCAGCAUCCGCGGGCCCAAUGCAAUCUGCAGCCGGCGAUCUGAACCUCUUUCUGUGGCAAACUCAUCUGGCUCGUCCGACUCAAACUCAUCAGCUGUGCUGUAUCUGAUCACGGAUCCCGUACCGACAGAUGUCAACCAUGUCAAAUUUACAAUCGAAAGCCAUGACCAAGGUGGAAUUAGUGAGAGCAGCGGCAUCGGCCGAGAUCCGCGCUCUUGGACAUGGUUUGAAGCCUGCAUCUUUCGUCCGAAAGACAUUGUGUUGUCGGGGCCUUUACAGCUGGAAGACUCUAUUGUAAGUGAUCCCACAGAGUUCGCAGAGUUGAUCCAUGACCUGGGUUGGGAAAUGAUGGUCGAUGAAUCUUCCAAUUUGCGACUGUGGCACCUACAACGCAACAAAGCUGAGUUCAGCGAAUGGCAACGUCAUGUCAUCACCUGGAGCCGAGAUACAAAGCCAGUUCCCGAUACAAAACCAGAUCCUGAAGAAAACGAUGGAAUUCAGAAUGGAGAGGGCUUCGUAGAGAUCUUACAGCCUGGCGACCGGAUUGGUGUUUGGGCAAGGGCACAGCACUCUGGGAGGUGUAAUAACGUUCGAUAUGCAGAAGUGCAAUGUGUCGAGGAUACGGAAAGCUUUACGCGGUCUUCACAAGAAAAAUCCUUACGCUCUGAGCUCCCAGGAGCGAACAAUAGGGCACUGGAAAAAGGCCGAUCUUCUUCUGAUGCCGAGGACGACCCUUUACUGAUCGUUACUCCCAGACAGGGAAGUAAUGACAUCGAAAAUGAUGAGAAUCCCUUGUUACGACCGGAUCUCUUGGCCAGAUUUGUCUUUGAACUAGGUUCGGAACAUAGUCCAAUGCCGGAAGUAGAGAAAUCGGAAGCUGUCACAGAUCCAAACAUUACCGCUCUGUUGAUGGACGAUAUCAAGCCAGCUGAGCCACCGAUUUACGAACAUUAUGGCUUGUCUCCCUUCCAGUACAAACCGCUGCCAGACGAAAACCACAUCAGAGUUUUGAAGAUCCUUCGAAAUGAGGAGGGUUUGAUUCAUUGCACGAUGAAAAACAUCAGCAUGCAAGACGAGCUUCAUGCACGUCCGUAUCACUGUCUGUCAUACACGUGGGGCAAUCCACAUGCAGACGGUAAUUUUUAUCAGACGAAUUUCGAAGCAAGAGCCAAAGGGUACCAGGCUAAAGAAUGGCCAAUUGUCUGUGACGGACAGCUCCUUCUCGUUCACAAGAACCUUUAUGAUGCUCUCAACCAAAUGCCAAAAGAUGCUUGGGCCAAUCGUCUCAAUCGCAAAGACAAGGACGGAAGGAGCCUCAUACACUUUUGGGCCGAAACGGGAGGAGAGUUCGUACCUUCUAAUGAAGUGGACAAAAGCCAGGCAUUCCAAGCCUUGGCUCGACUUGGACAGGACGACAUUGUAGGGUCUACAUUGGCCGCCGGUGCUGAUAUUAAUGUGCUGGACGCACAGGGCAAGUCAGUGUUGCAUUAUGCGGCAGCCAAUGGCAAACUUGGAAUUCUGCAGUCUUUGGUCAAGGCAGGCGUCGACAUCAACCAUGAGGAUGAUAACGGCCAAACAGCUCUGGAACUUGCUGCCGAAGGAGACCAUAUUGAUGUGGUCAGCUAUCUGAUGGAGAUUCUUGAUAUCAGAGACUCCGAACAGACUGCGGUCGAGCCGGUUUCCCUGCCUGAGCGGCCCGAUGACUGGAUCUGGAUUGAUGCAAUCUGCAUCAAUCAGGAGGACAGCCAAGAAAAAGCAAGCCAAAUCGCUAUAAUGGAUGCUAUCUACUCUGAAGCUGCUUUCAUCAAAGUUUGGUUGGGAGAGUCAGAUGCUUUCACUGAAACGGCGGUGACACUGGUCAACAAACUUGAUGCCGCGAGUGGAAAAUUUGAAAAGAGCGACAUCAUACCUUACGGUAUGAAUGAGAACCAGAACGAGACAUUCCUCAAGGCAAAUCUACCAGUUAUAAGAGCGUCCGAGUGGCUCGCUCUCGGCGGGUUGUAUAGACGACAGUGGUUCAGAAGGGCUUGGGUCUUCCAAGAGCUUGUUAGUGCCAACGAUGUUGUCAUGUUCUGUGGCGAACAUGAGAUUUCGUUCAGAUCUUUUGUCGAAAUCAGUCGCUCCUUGCUCGAAAGACAACAACAGCUCGGCAUAUAUCGCUCAACCUGGUUGAUUCCUCCGCAUGAGCCUGCCUACCCUCUUGAGCUCAACUUUUGUGAAAUGGCAACAUACAACAGACUUCGGGCAGAGGCCAUUUACUUAGACAGCAAGCACGCGAGAGAACGAUUCUCAAUGGCAAACUUACUGGAGAAAACGAGAUGUCUUUCCUCUACUGUUGCGCACGACAAGAUAUACGCCCUUGCGGGACUCGCGGCACAUCGAAACCCAAAAUUCCGCUUCCGUGCGGAUUACGAAACACCUGUGGCGAAGCUAUAUACAGUAGUUGCAAGGUCCGUAAUACUCGAGACUCAGUCAUUGGGUGUUCUGAAUGAUUGUAUGCACUCCCUUUCUGGAACUCCCGCUCUCCCGUCCUGGGUUCCGGACUACUCCCUAACCAUAUCCAUGUGUCUUCCGGCUAUACACAAAGCAUGCGGCGCCCUUGAUCAGCCAAGCAACAUACUUUUCCAAGAGGGUAGUAUUCCACUAAUCCAGCUGCCAUGGCACGCUCUUCAAUUCUUUCAAGUCCUGUCUCAAAACGUUCCGGAAGGCCCAAUCCCGGCAAAAUAUCAACCUGAGCUCAUAGGCAGUAUCACACAGAACCUCAGCCCCCUGAAUUGGGACACCUUGCGCCUCCAAGCUGCUGUGUUCGACAAAAUCAAAUAUGAGCCCAGGCCGCGCUCGACAAAAGCCAACGCAAUGUUUCGGCUGGACCCGCUCUGGUUCGACCUGGUAGAAAAGCUUGACAUCAAGUACCACACAGGGGAGGGACGUUACGAAGCCCUCUGGAGGACACUGUGCACGAACUGCAAGGUGCCUAGUGGUGAGCCGCCAGACGAGUCUUAUGGGAAGCAAUUCCGCGAUCUUAUCUGCGCACUCGUAUGCGGAGAGGCCCAGUACCGUGCACUAAGAUACAAAAACGGUGACUUGAGGAGCUACGCCAUGCUUGAAGCCCUCAUCGCAUCCUCAAUGGGUAAACACCACGUGGUCCGCGCGCCAAGCACAGAUGGGUCGGUCAACGGGCCGUACUUCCAAGAACUCAAGCCAUUGAUUGAGCACAUUGAGCGGCUUGUGGCCACUGAGCCGGACGCAACGUCCUGUUUCCCCACUGCCGAAGGGAUACGGAAUUUCGGUUUGUACUCUCCAUGGAAGGUCUUCACUGAUGACGGCAAAGUGGAUCCAAAAGCAAAUCAACCUGGUUUUAACACGUCGUUUGCGCGAGUCUACCGUCGGCGCCGCAUUUUUGUCACGGAAAAGAAAUAUAUUGGGCUUGGUCCGUCGGAUCUCGAGGUUGGAGAUGUGGUCGCGCUUAUCCCUGGUUGUAAAACGCCAAUGCUUCUUCGGGAGGAACCGGUGGGUGAGGAGGAAAGCGAAGGCCAACAAAGCCAUGAAGAACAAGGCAGGCAUCCACCAAGAUAUCGUGCAGUGGGCGAGUGCUAUGUCCAUGGUAUCAUGCAGGGUGAAGCUGUGCGCGAUGGGCAAGCAGACUUUAGGACAGUUGACUUGGUUUGA